UCUCAUUCCUCUUCGUCCUCCUCUUCAUCGUCCUCAUCCUCGUCCUCCUCCUGCCAUGGGAACUCAGGGGACUGGGAUCCCAGCUCGUUCCUGUCAGCACAUAAGCUCUCGGGCCUCUGGAACUCCCCGCACUCCAGUGGGGCCGGGCCAGGCAGCUCGCUCGGGAGUCCUCCUUCCAUCCCUGGUGAGGUUUUCCCCAUCUCGGAGCACCACCGGCACUCAGACCUCACUGCUCCACCUAACAGCCCCACCGGCCACCACCCCCAGCCAGCGCUGCUGAUCCCAUCUCACCCCGGAUCCUUUGGCUCACCACCCCACCCGCACCUGCUGCCCACCACCCCGGCAGCACCUUUCCCUGCCCAGGUUUCAGAAUGCCCUAUUGCCGUGGCUGCUGCCCCUCACACCCCAGGGCCAUGUCAGAGCCCCCACCUUCCCUCCACUAGCAUGCCGCUCCUGAAGAUGCCUCCACCAUUCUCGGGUUGCGGCCACCCCUGUAGUGGGCAUUGCAGCGGGCACUGCAGCGGGUCCCUCCUCCCACCACCCAGCUCUCAGCAACUCACUAGCACUCACAGCAGGGACCCUGGGUGCAAGGGGCACAAGUUUACCCAUAGUGGCCUGACCUGCCAGCUGCCCCAGCCCUGCGAGGCAGACGAGGGGCUGGGCGAGGAAGAGGACAGCAGCUCAGAGCGUAGCUCCUGCACCUCAUCCUCGACCCACCAGAGAGAUGGGAAGUUCUGUGACUGCUGCUACUGUGAGUUCUUCGGCCACAAUGCGCCACCCGCUGCCCCGACGAGUCGGAAUUAUACCGAGAUCCGAGAGAAGCUCCGCUCAAGGCUGACCAGGCGGAAAGAGGAGCUGCCCAUGAAGGGGGGCGCCCUGGGCGGGAUCCCUGGGGAGCCCGCCGUGGACCACCGAGAUGUGGAUGAGCUGCUGGAAUUCAUCAACAGCACGGAGCCCAAAGUCCCCAACAGUGCCAGGGCCGCCAAGCGGGCCCGGCACAAACUGAAAAAGAAGGAAAAGGAGAAGGCCCAGUUGGCAGCAGAAGCUCUAAAGCAGGCAAAUCGUAGUGUUUCUGGAAGCCGGGAGCUGAGGCCUGCCAGGGAGAGGCUCUUGAAGUGGCCCGAUCAGGAGCUGGAUCGGGUCAACAGCUUUCUGAGCAGCCGUCUACAGGAGAUCAAGAACACUGUCAAGGACUCCAUCUGCGCCAGCUUCAGUGUGUGUGAGCUCAGCAUGAACAGCAAUGGCUUCACUAAAGAGGGGGCUGCUGAGCCAGAGCCUCAGAGUCUAGCCCCCUCAAACCUCAAUGGCUCCUCAGAGCAACGGCCUGACAUUAACCUUGACCUGUCCCCUUUGACUUUGGGCUCCCCUCAGAACCAUAUGUUACACGCUCCAGGCGAGCCAGCCCCACCAUGGGCAGAAAUGAGAAGUCUCCACCCACCAUGGACAGAGGUGAGGGGCCCCCCUCCUGGUAUCAUCCCUGAGAAUGGGUUAGUGAGGAGACUCAACACCGUGCCCAACCUGUCCCGGGUGAUCUGGGUCAAGACACCCAAGCCAGGUAACCCUAGCUCUGAGGAGCUAAGUGUAAAGGAGGUCCCUGGUUGCAAGCAGGAGCUGCCUGAGCCUGUGGCCUCAGGUGGCAAGCCACGGAAGGGCAAGAGACAGGGUAGUCAGGCCAAGAAGAGCAAGGUGAGCCCAGCUCCCCAGUCCCCAGCCUGCCUUGAGACUCCCAGUGCCAAGGGCCAGACCCCCAGCCCCAAGCAGCCAAGCAAGGCCCCAGAGCCUCCCAGAGUGGACAGCUGUGCCAAGGCUGGAGAAGGGAGCCAGGGGACCCAACCAGGACCAGGCUGGGCUAGCAGCCCCAAAGCUGACAAACAGAAGGGCAGCUCCUGGCAAAACUGGCCAGGUGAAGCCAAGGCACGGCCUCUGGAGCAGGAGUCUGUGCAGCCCCCAGGCCCAGCAAGGCCACAGAGCUUGCCACAGGGCAAGGCCCGCAGCCGCCGGAGCCGCAACAAGCAGGAGAAGUCAGCCUCCUCCUUGGACGAUGUGUUCCUGCCCAAGGACAUGGAUGGGGUGGAAAUGGAUGAGACUGACCGGGAGGUGGAGUAUUUUAAGAGGUUCUGUUUGGAUUCUGCAAAGCAAACGCGUCAGAAAGUUGCCGUGAACUGGACCAACUUCAGCCUCAAGAAAACCACUCCCAGCACAGCUCAGUGAGCCCCUGCCAGAUCAGGCUUCUUCAGGGUGUCCUGAGACCCUGACCGCCAGCUGAAGGUCUACACCUUUUUCCUUCACAUCGCCACCCACCUGCCCAAGACCCUCCCUGCCAUCCUGGACCAACCAAAAGCUGAAUAGAUGCCGUGUGUGCUGGGGCCCCUCAGGACCUCUGCAGAACUGCUUCCUGGUGCUACGCAGCCUCCACACUCAGAGCCCGGGGGCUGGGCUGGCCUUUGGGCUUGGGGGCUGAUGGUACUGCUGGCCCAACACUGCUUUCUUUGUGUUUGGUUUUUUGGUUUUGUUUUACUUGUUUUUUCAAUUCUUUUUGAUACUGUGAAGAUCUUUCCUGCCGAAAGAUAAAGCAACAUUUGGACACAGA